AUGGCCGUCGGGUCUGGAGACGCGAGCUGGAGCGGGGUGGGCACAGUGCCGGAGGCUCAGGGCGCCCGGGAGCGCAAGUCCGGCCGGGGAGGACCCCGAACAGCCUCGGCGGCCUCCCAACGGCCCGCCAAGACUUCCGCCCGGCUCAGGCUGCCGCAGCCCCAGCCCCGAUCCGGCCCGCGGCCCACAACGACUCCCCGGGUCGCCUCUCCCUCCGGCGCCCUCCCUCCUCUCCCCCCCGCCCCGACCCGGCCGGCACUCACUCAGGGAAGGAGGAGCGGCCCGGGCCUGCGCGUCACUUACGUCGACGUGCUGCGUCACCGCGGCGGACGCGGACGCACCCGGAGCGCCAAUCCCCCGCAACGCCUGGCCACGCCCCUGCGGCCCUGUUGGGAGGAGGGAGCUGGGGGGGGGUUGGCCUUGUGGGGAGGAGGAGGGAGCCCCCGGGGAGAUUCGCUGCACUUCCGACCGCGAACUCCUAGAAAACUGGCUCGGCAGCCGGAGAAGCUUAUAUUCCGCGGCCCCGCCCAGCCCCGCCCCCUUUUUGGAGCCGAGGUGGGCCCUUCUCCUCACCUAGCUGGCUUCGGCUCCACGUGCCUCUCUUUCCACAAUCUCCCCUCCCAUGGCGCAGGUGCUCCGGUACCCAGGCAGCUCCUCGCCAUCCAUUUUCACCUCCGCGGCCCGGACGCUCGCUUCGCAAGGGUCCGGCCGACGCACUUGCGCCCUGGGCUCGGCGGCCGCGGGGGCGAGCACGCUCGGGCGCUGGGGAUCCGGCUCCCCAAGGUCCGCCCUACGGUGGCAGCACGUGUCUACGGAUUCAGAGACCCGGUUUGCCUGGAGAGAUCCAGUUGUGAUUCCUCCUUCGCAGCUCUCCACGCACCAGUCCCUAAAGCGGCUGCCAGUCAGUUGCACGUGGCCGGCUCACUCACCCAUUCAAGAAAGGCUCGGCUGAGGCCUGAGACUGCUGCCUGCUGCUGUGGGGGAGUGAGGGGAGAGACACAACACUACAUAUCUCCUUGCCCCAGGAACCAUUUUCUAGGAAAACAGCAUCUGGGAAUUGGUGAAACUGAUGUGGCAAAUGCCAGUGAACGUUAUCUUUCUCUUUAUUAUAAACUGACUCUUCUAUACCUUGCUUGGUAUAUUGGAGCCAGAGCUUUGCAGAGCCCCAUUCUUAUUUUUACCAAUGGUUUUUAUAUUGGGCUCCCCCUUGGCAGACAUUAGAGAGGACUUUCCAAGCUGCAACAGAAUGCACAGACUUACUCCUUCCUGUUGGUGCAUCCUAGAGGAACAUUCUUACCUUGGGAAGGUUUAUCUAUCAGUCAGUUCUUCUUCAUUAUAAGACACCAGAAGCCGGAUGCUCGCAGCCAACCAUUGAACUGAGAAUGGGGUCCCUAAUGGAGGAGUUAGAGAAAGGAUUGCAGUAGCUGAAGGGGUUUGCAACCCCAUAAGAAGAACAAUAUCAACCAACCAGACACCCCAGAGCUCCCAGGGACUAAACCACCAUCCGAAGAGCACACAUGGAGGGACCCAUGGCUCCAGCUGCAUAUGUAGCAGAAGAUGGCCUUGUGGGGCAUCAAUGGGAGGACAGGCUUUUGGUCCUGUCAAGACUGGACCAGUGUAGGGGAAUGUCAGGGUGAGGAGGUGGGAGGGAGUGGUAGGUGUACCCUCAUAGAAGCAGAGGGAGAGAGCAGGUUUCUGGAGGGGAAACCGGGGAAGGGGAUAACAUUUGAAAUGUAAGUAAAAAAAAAAUCCAAUAAAGGAAAAAAUGUCAAGAAAAACAAAACAAAACAAACAAAAA